GUCACUUUUGACAGAUAAAGUUUGAGGUUAAUUUUUUAAUAAAAACACUUAUUUUUACUUUUUAUUCGGGAUAAAUUUAAUUAUUUAGUUUAAUAAUGAGUAAUAAAGCUGUAAUUGUUAGCGGGGAAGCUUCAGAAACCGAUAGUGAUGAUGAUAUCGUCCGUGGUGCUUUGGAGUACUCCGAUGUAAACACAUUUCAAGCUUCAGUAGACAAAUGUAAUUGAAGAAUCAUGUUCGCAAAUGUUCAAAUUAUUAUUGUCCAGACAACGCAACAGAUCAUUAGAAAUGGUUUGGUGCGAUAAAUUUUUACUGAAAAGAGAGAUAUAGUUAAUUUCUCUAUUGAAAGAGAUAUCGAAUUGGCAGUUCUUGAAACUUCUAAGGGGUCAAUUAUGAUAUCAUGUUAUAGAUCACCAAUGGAAAACUGAGACAGAAAAAUAUAUGUAUCAUAUACGAAGUUUCAUCCAGAUUAGUGAAGAAUUAAAGAAGAUAUGAAUAGAAUAAGUUUCGGAAUUUUGAAAAGUUCGAAAGUAAUUAUUAGUAGUGUGACAUCUGUCAUUAUUGACAUUACACUUUCUCUCAGUUAACGAAUUUAAAAUAGAAUUCUGUAAUAUCAACUUUCUUUUUGAAUAACUUUUCGCUCAAUUAUUAUUUUGUAUAAAGAACCCUGAGAUAAGAGAACUCAAAAAACAAAUUUAAACAAAUAAGUGUUUUUCAAUACAGUAUUUUAGUUUAUUCAACGCUAUUUUUAAGUCGAUUUAUCAUCAUUAUCAUUGGCACCACAUAUAGUUAAUUUCUCUAUUGAAAGAGAUAUCGAAUUGGCAGUUCUUGAAACUUCUAAGGGGUCAAUUAUGAUAUCAUGUUAUAGAACACCAAUGGAAAACUGAGACAGAAAAAUGUAUGUAUCAUAUACGAAAUUUCAUCCAGAUUAGUGAAGAAUUAAAGAAGAUAUGAAUAGAAUAAGUUUCGGAAUUUUGAAAAGUUCGAAAGUAAUUAUUAGUAGUGUGACAUCUGUCAUUAUUGACAUUACACUUUCUCUCAGUUAACGAAUUUAAAAUAGAAUUCUGUAAUAUCAACUUUCUUUUUAAAUAACUUUUCGCUCAAUUAUUAUUUUGUAUAAAGAACCCUGAGAUAAGAGAAUUCAAAAAACAAAUUUAAACAAAUAAGUGUUUUUCAAUACAGUAUUUUAGUUCAUUCAACGCUACUUUUAAGUCGAUUUAUCAUCAUUAUCAUUGGCACCACAAUCCCUGGUGGAUCUUGGCCUAUUUUAGAAUCAGCUUGAACUCUCUUCUAUCUCGUGCCUUAGGCUUCCAGUUUCUAACUCCCAGCAUUUUUAGACUUUCUUCCACCUGGUUCCUAUAUUUGCCUCUCUUGCAGGUUCCAAAAACUGUUUAGCGGAACAUUUACUUUUGGUUCCCUUUCAUCUAUCGAUUUUGAUGGUUCCUACAAUAUUCGGUUAUUCAUAGAGCCGGUACAACUCAAAAUUGUAACUCCUUUUCCAUGUUGUGUUUUCAUGAACAUGCUGUAUAUGUGGCAGAGUAUCUUUCACAGGUAUAUAUCUUUCUUUCAAAGCAGCCCAACAAGUUUUCGUUAUUUUUCGUAAUCGUCCAUGUUUCUGCCGCAUACUCGUCAAAAUAUGGCGCGAUUUCGUUUUAUAUGAAAUUUUAUUAUUAUUUUACUUUGUUCAUUUGAAAGUACAGUUGACUUCGAAUUUUCCGCAAUUUUUUAAUAAUUCAAUUGACUUUGAAGUUUUUUUAAAAAAACCGGUACUUAAUAAUCAAAAUUAGGACAAAACACGAUUAAAAAUCUCGUAUAACAGCUACACAAAAAAAAAUAUACUGUAUAUUAUUGUUGUCAAGUUGUCACUUUUGACAGAUAAAGUUUGAGGUUAAUUCUUUUAAUAAAAACACUUAUUUUUACUUUUUAUUCGGGAUAAUUUUAAUUAUUUAGUUUAAUAAUGAGUAAUAAAGCUGUAAUUGUUAGCGGGGAAGCUUCAGAAACCGAUAGUGAUGAUGAUAUCGUCCGUGGUGUUUUGGAGUACUCCGAUGUAAACACAUUUCAAGCUUCAGUAAUUCAAGGUGAAGAUUCAGAAUCAGAUCAAGAAAUUGCAACUCCGAAACCAAAUAUGAUUGUUAUUAAAGAUGAAUAUACAGAUUCUUUGUUACAUAAAAAAUUAAGAGAAUCUAAUUUAAAGUUAUGUGGAAACAUAAAUAAUUUAGCGAAUGGUGUUUUGGGGCAAUGCCACAAGACUUUAUCGAAUGUUGAACAAGAUUUGGUGAAAUGUCAAUUAACGAUGCAAUCGGCUGUGAGUUCUUUGCAAAAUCUUACCGGAAAUUCUAAUAAAAUCAAGAAUAAUUUAGAUGGGAUUUUAUCAUCUUCGUUUUUAUCAAGCAUAAAAACAAAUUAAAAGAAUGUUACAAUUUUA